AUGGCUACCUUGGCAUCAGCUGCUCGCGAUAUCCCCCAGGCCUCCUUGACCCGAGACAACUUAGCUGUUGUAGCGGAUCGGAGCACCUACGGGACUGUGGCACGACCUUUAGACCUCCCUACUCCCCCAAACUCCAUAUCCCCAGCCCUACCGGCCCAUGGCCUCAAGGCGCAACUCCAGAAGGCCAAGCUCGAGCCUAUCGACUCUGAUCUAGACCUGCGCGAGUCAUCAAGCGACCAUCAGAGAUCGGUAUCGCCAGCGCUCGAGGCCUCGGGCGCCAUCACCUGUGGCUUGCUCGCGAAAUAUCACCUCCCAGACAUUUUGCUGAACCACGGGCCACUGGCCAUUCGCCACAUAAUGGGAUACCUCACAACAUCCGUUCCUGGAUUUUCUGGUAUCGCUCCAGCGAAAGCAAGAAGGCUGGUUGUCGGCGCGCUCGAGGGCCGAGGCGGUGAUGGGGGCGGUGUGGAGGGAGAGGUUGAAUUUGAAAAAGUUGGAUGGGGUCGGUGGGACGCGCGCCGUCGAGGUACCAUGUCUCGCGACCGCCAGUUGUUGUCGCCCACUGAGUCGGCUUUCCCCGAAGGCAUCCCUAUCGCCUCGACCGGAGCUGGCAGAGGAGACGGCAGGCUCAAGGCCAACAUGUCGAGCGAACCUGAUUCAUUUCGGUUCUCUCACGACGCUGCCCAUUUCGAGGAUGAAGCCGACAAGAUGUCUAUGGACGGAUCCGCGUCCGCUUCAUGCUCCGAGGCUCCAGAUGAUGAUGAUAUCAUGAUGAAUGACGACCCUGAGGAUGUUACUGAUGACGAAGACUGGGCCACGAUGGGCGCGGCCGCUCUUCGUGCCGAGUCGUACCCCAAUAUGGCUGCAGCUCAGAUGGACGGCAACCCUGCUGUGUUCCCUCCCGGCGGGUUGCGACCCUUCUCUGUCGCUAAUGGUAUGGCUCGUGCUCCACAACCGACAAAUCUCAACAUGACAGCUUUCGCUGGCGCUUCCGAUGCGCAGGAGCGCGAAGCUGUUGAGGCUCUUCUCCGCCUCGGUUCUGUAUAA